AUGAAGUUUAGUUAUCUCUGGAUACUGGCUAGCCUGGCCAUUAUCGUUAGGGCAAGUCCUAUCAAAUCAUAUAUCUUGACCGUCGACCAAGACGAUGGUCUUAUUUCAUCCAGUAUUCUGGAUGAUGUCAAAUCACUCGUUUACAAUAUGGGUGGCAAGAUUACCCACGAAUACAGUUUAAUUAAGGGUUUUACUAUGGACGCUUCAGAUGAAGUGUUACCUCUCAUCAAGGCUAAGUUACUUGAAGUAGAGGACAGGUUUGGUUAUAAAGUAUACUUGGAACAGGAUGCUCAAGUGCAUACUUUCAAGAACCACGAUGAGUCCCUGGAGAAAGGUGACCAUUCAUAA